AUGAUAUCAUUCGAUCCCAUAAAUAUUGAAUUUAUUGCAGAAAAUGAAUUCAUAUAUAUAAAUCCUAAUUUCCAAUCCCCACCUUUUAAACUUAUUUCAUGUGAUAUUGGUGAAAUGACUCCUGGUAUACCUACAAGUCUUCCAUUAUGGGUGGCAAUUCAUCUGAAACAAAGGCGUAAAUGUUCAAUUAUACCUCCUAAAUGGAUGGAUAUUGAUACCUUGGAAGAAUUAAAGAUGCUAGAGAAAGAAAAUCAGUAUUUUACAGCUAUGCCUAGCCCACAUUACAUGGAAAUAGCCAAUUUACUAAUGCAAGAAGCUAGUGAAGAUAUUGUGGAUUGUUGCAAAGUAAAAUUGUUGUUGAAAGAUCUGUGGGACCUUAGGAUAUCUAAGCUUAAAUCCAGUAUACAAACCCUAACCCAAAAUGCCUCUAACAUUAAUCAUGUUCAAAUUAACCACUUGACAAUGAUGGAAAUCAAUACUGUUCGUGGGAUAUUGUCAUCUGGCUUGGACAUUUUGAAUGACUUGACUAAGCAUAAACGUAAUGCACAUAACAGCAGUUCACUGCUCCAAUCUUCCUACGACCAAUAUAUAUUCAUCUUCUCUAUUAUCGGACGACAUAUGAAAUUUUUAUUUACCAAUUUUUUAUAUUUAUAA